GCCGUGCCAGUAUAAAUGCGCGGCCCGCGCGGGCCUGGCCAUUCGCGACCGGGAGCUGAGCGGGCGCGUACGAGCAGGGGCUCUGGGUGGGCGGCGGCAGCAGCGGCGCCCCGCGCAGGCUGGAGGCCGCCGAGGCUCGCCAUGCCGGGAGGACUUUAGCUCCCCCAUGGAGUCGGCCGACUUCUACGAGGCGGAGCCGCGGCCCCCGAUGAGCAGCCACCUCCAGAGCCCCCCGCACGCGCCCGGCAGCGCCGCCUUCGGCUUUCCCCGGGGCGCGGGCCCCGCGCAGCCCCCCGCCCCACCUGCCGCCCCGGAGCCGCUGGGCGGCAUCUGCGAACACGAGACGUCCAUCGACAUCAGCGCCUACAUCGACCCGGCCGCCUUCAACGACGAGUUCCUGGCCGACCUGUUCCAGCACAGCCGGCAGCAGGAGAAGGCCAAGGCGGCCGCGGCCCCCGCUGGAGGCGGCGGCGACUUUGACUACCCAGGCGCCCCCGUGGGCCCCGGCGGCGCCGUCAUGCCCGGGGGGGCGCACGGCCCCCCUCCCGGCUACAGCUGCCCGGCGACCGGCUACCUGGACGGCAGGCUGGAGCCCCUGUACGAGCGCGUCGGGGCGCCGGCGCUGCGGCCGCUGGUAAUCAAGCAGGAGCCGCGCGAGGAGGACGAGGCGAAGCAGCUGGCGCUGGCUGGCCUCUUUCCCUACCAGCCCCCGCCGCCCCCGCCGCCCCCGCACUCGCACCCGCCGCCCGCGCACCUGGCCGCCCCGCACCUGCAGUUCCAGAUCGCGCACUGCGGCCAGACCACCAUGCACCUGCAGCCCGGCCACCCCACGCCGCCGCCCACGCCCGUGCCCAGCCCGCACCCAGCGCCCGCGCUCGGCGCCGCUGGCCUGCCAGGCCCCGGCGGCGCGCUCAAGGGGCUGGCCGCCGCGCACCCCGACCUGCGCGCGGGCGGCGGCGGCGGCGGCGGCGUAGGCAAAGCCAAGAAGUCCGUGGACAAGAACAGCAACGAGUACCGGGUGCGGCGCGAGCGCAACAACAUCGCGGUGCGCAAGAGCCGGGACAAGGCCAAGCAGCGCAACGUGGAGACGCAGCAAAAGGUGCUGGAGCUGACCAGUGACAAUGACCGCCUGCGCAAGCGGGUGGAACAGCUGAGCCGCGAACUGGACACGCUGCGGGGCAUCUUCCGCCAGCUGCCCGAGAGCUCCCUGGUCAAGGCCAUGGGCAACUGCGCGUGAGGCGCGCGGCGGCGGGACCGCCCUGGGCCGGCCGCUGGCUGGGACCCAGGGAGUGGUUUCGGGUCUCCGGAUCCCAAGACUGCCCGAGCCGCGCAAGCCGGGACUAGGAGAUUCCGGUGCCGCCUGAGAGCCUGGCCUGCCGCGCGGCCCCCUUGCCUUCCUCGGCGCCGGACACGGUGCGUCUAAGCUGAGGGGUCGGGCAGAGAGGAGAAGCGCCGUGGGGCUGAGCCGGGAGCCCGGCAACUCUAGUAUUAAAGGAAUAACCCUGUGCCUUGGAAACGCAAACUCACCGCUCCGAUUCCUACCGAGUAGGGGGAGCAAAUAUGUGCCUUGUCAUUUUAUUUGGAGGGUUCCUGACCCCGCGAAAGAAGGAGGGGUGCAGGCCCCCCUACAGGAGGAAGGUUCAGGGAGCAGAGAUCCUGAUAAGCCAGCCCCAGCCGCUCCUGAGCGCCUGUCCUUGGAGGGGAGGAAACACAGGGACUUGGGGCUUUGAACCUAAGGUUGCUCCCCUAGUUCUACACGAAGGUGGAGGGGCCCUAGUUCCUUGCCUCUAAACUCCCAACCUGCAACAGGCUGGGCUCUUCCGGGCAGAACUCACUGAGAUGGGCGUCACCAGGUGACCGGUGGGAGCCUGCGGCCCCCAGUCAGAUCAGAGAGCUAGGUGGUGCGUUACUCUGAGGACAUAUGUUCGUGGGAGUGGUGGCCAGGUGGGAGAGGGGAACCUAGAGAUCUGCUCUGGGGGUUAGUAGGGGGUGGUGAAGGGACCCUGGGACCAUCAGCCUUGUCUGUACUGUGUGUCGCCAGCAUUGCCAUACAAACAUAAAGCACAGUCAGUCCACCCCAGAGGGACCGAAGUUAUGAAAAGCUUUCCAAAUAUUUUGCUUUAUCAGCCGAUAUCAACACUUGUAUCUGGCCUCUCUGUGUCCCAGCGGUGCCUUGUGCAAUGUGAAUGUGCACGUCUAUGCUAAACCACCAUUUUAUUUGGUUUUUGUUUUGUUUUGGUUUUGCUCAGAUACUUGCCAAAAUGAGACUCUUCGUCAGCAGCUGCAGGGAGGGUCUUGCGGCUCUCUUUCCUUUUGGUUUUGGGAUUGCUUUUGCUCCCAGGGGAACCAAAGAGGCGAGGUGGGCUUCCCCUUUCCCCUCAGCUUUCCCUGGGGGUGGCUGUGGGCCUCGGCCCCCUCGAGUCUGGGCUGCCCACAGCCUGGUUCCCCCCCCCCCCCCCCCAAGAGGCCCUGGCUCCUGGUCUGGAAGGGAGGCAGCCUGAGCCAGCACUCACAGAUCAGAUCCCUGGGCCUGGGAGCGGGGAAGGCUGGCUUGGUUCUCUUCUUUGGGGAGAACAUGGAGUUUCAUGCUAGAUGUUUUAUGUAUUAUAUCUAUAAUAUAAACAUAUCAAAGUCA